CGAAGCGGGGCGCACAUGGUCGAGAAUCAGCAGCAAGGACUUCUCCGUGGCAUCCUCUCCAUUUGGAUUAACGGUUCCUCGCGGCGGCAGCGGCCGAGUGGCCAGAGGCAAGUCCAAAGAAAACGACCCGGUACUUCUUAUGCUGUAUCUUUUGUGAAGAAUGUUCAGUAGUGGAGAGUGAUUUUUUUUUUUUUAAUCGAACAUUGGACACCAGUCGUUACCUCUGGAAUCCCACUGGAUGCCUCACUAAGCCAACUGGAAUUUUGCCCGUUCUUUUCUCCAGUUUUCUUUCGUUUGUUUGUUUUGCUGUUGUUACUUUAUUUUUUUCCUUGCACAGGGAGAAGAAGAAAAAUGAAAUUAGGCAAAGUAGAGCUCUGCCAUUUUUUGCAGAUACUAGCUCUUUUCCUCUGUCUUUCUGGGAUGAGCCAAGCAGAACUGCCAAAAUCGGGAUCAAAACCCUACUUCCAACCUGGGAAAUCCCGAACCAAACGUAGUUGGGUAUGGAAUCAGUUCUUCGUACUGGAGGAAUACAUGGGAAGCGAUCCUCUUUAUGUAGGAAAGCUUCACUCUGAUGUUGAUAAAGGAGACGGCUCCAUCAAAUACAUCUUGUCAGGAGAGGGGGCAAGUUCCAUUUUCAUUAUUGAUGAGAACACGGGGGACAUUCAUGCUACAAAGAGGCUUGAUCGGGAAGAGCAGGCCUACUACACCCUCCGUGCACAAGCAUUAGAUAGACUGACAAAUAAACCUGUGGAGCCUGAGUCGGAAUUCGUCAUUAAGAUUCAGGACAUCAAUGACAAUGAGCCUAAAUUUCUGGAUGGUCCUUACACUGCUGGAGUGCCUGAAAUGUCUCCUGUGGGAACCUCUGUGGUACAAGUAACAGCAACUGAUGCAGAUGACCCUACAUAUGGCAACAGUGCCAGAGUAGUUUACAGCAUCCUUCAAGGUCAACCUUAUUUUUCUGUGGAACCAAAGACAGGUAUUAUCAAGACUGCGCUUCCCAAUAUGGACCGAGAAGCAAAAGACCAAUAUUUGCUUGUCAUUCAAGCCAAGGAUAUGGUUGGUCAAAAUGGGGGUCUUUCUGGAACCACCUCUGUCACUGUUACCCUGACUGAUGUCAAUGAUAAUCCACCACGAUUUCCCCGCAGAUCAUACCAAUAUAAUGUUCCAGAAUCACUCCCUUUGGCCUCAAUGGUGGCUAGAUUAAAGGCUGCAGAUGCCGAUGUAGGGGCUAAUGCUGAAAUGGAAUAUAAGAUUGUGGAUGGUGAUGGUUUGGGUGUUUUCAAAAUUUUAGUGGACAAGGAGACGCAAGAAGGAAUUAUUAUGAUACAAAAGGAGCUGGAUUACGAAACAAAGACCAGCUACACACUGAGAAUUGAAGCAGCAAAUAAGCAGGUAGAUGCCCGCUUCUUAAGCCUUGGACCAUUCAAUGAUGUGACAACAGUCAAGAUUAUUGUGGAGGAUGUAGAUGAACCACCCAUGUUUAGUUCACUUUCGUACAGCAUGGUGGUAUCUGAAGCAGCUAAAGUAGGCACUAUUAUUGGUACUGUAGCAGCCCAUGAUCCAGAUGCAUCUAACAGUCCUGUCAGGUAUUCAAUAGAUCGAAAUACAGACUUAGAAAGGUAUUUCAAUAUUGAUGCCAACACUGGGGUUAUUACUACAGCAAAGACAUUGGACAGAGAGACAAAUGCUGUUCAUAAUAUUACUGUCUUAGCAAUGGAAAGCCAAAACCCUUCACAAAUUGGGAGGGGAUAUGUGGCCAUCACUAUCUUGGAUAUUAACGACAAUGCACCUGAGUUUGCCAUGGAUUAUGAAACAACAGUCUGUGAAAAUGCAGUACCUGGCCAGAUCAUUCAAAGAAUCAGUGCCAUUGACAGAGAUGACCCGCCUAGUGGUCAUCAGUUUUCCUUCAGUUUGGCAGGAGAUGCCACAAACAACCACAACUUCACAUUACAAGAUAAUAAAGACAAUACAGCAUCUAUACUCACCAGACGAAAUAGCUUUCGGAGGCAAGAACAGUCGGUUUAUUAUUUGCCAAUAUUCAUUCUAGACAGUGGCUCUCCUUCGCUGAGUAGCACCAAUACACUCACGAUUCGAGUCUGUGACUGUGAUGCACAUGGCAUUGCCCAAACAUGUAAUGCAGAGGCCUACAUCUUACCAGCUGGACUUAGUACUGGAGCACUCAUAGCAAUCCUGGCUUGCGUGUUGACACUGCUAGUGCUUGUCCUGCUGAUUGUUACAAUGAGACGACGGAAAAAAGAGCCUCUUGUUUUAGAUGAAGAGAGAGAUAUCAGGGAAAAUAUAGUACGAUACGAUGAUGAGGGAGGUGGAGAGGAGGACACCGAGGCUUUUGAUAUGGCUGCCCUCAGAAACCUCAAUGUCAUUCGCGAUACCAAGAUCAGGAGGGAUGUGACUCCAGAGAUCCAGUUCUUGAGCAGACCGUCUUUUAAAAGCAUCCCCGAUAAUGUUAUUUUUCGGGAAUUUAUUUGGGAAAGGCUAAAAGAAGCUGAUGUGGAUCCCUGCGCUCCGCCAUACGAUUCCCUGCAGACAUAUGCAUUUGAGGGAAACGGUUCAGUGGCUGAAUCACUCAGCUCUUUAGAUUCUGUCAGUUCAAACUCUGAUCAGAAUUAUGAUUAUCUCAGUGACUGGGGGCCUCGUUUCAAACGGCUUGCAGAUAUGUAUGGAACUGGACCAGAAAAUUUGUAUUCAUAGCCUUUGAACUUUUUUAUGACAUUGCACUAAAGGGAAGGGGAAAGAGAAACUCAGUAUCUGGACUAAGAAAAAUCUGUAAAUAUUUCUCCAUCUUUUUUUAACCUUUUUUUCCCCUUUCCUUUUCUUUUUGUUUGACUUGGUGAAGCUUAUGUUCAUUAGAAAAUUGCCCAAGGAACUGCACUGAACAACAAAUAGUGAGCAUCAAAUGGCAUUUUUGGUAAAAUUAAGAUGCUUGGCCAUAUACAAACAGAUAGCAACCCUCAUAUCUCAUAUACCUGCAGAGGCAAUUAACCUCUAAGAAUAAAUACUGCACUGUGACCUCAGUGAUUCAAUGAUACCCUGUAGAUGCCUUCUGAGUUUUGCUGGGUUGAGACUUCAGAGUCUCUGCUUGGUGGAGGAAAGAGGAAAAAGUUCAUUUACCAUUUAAAAUAGUACUACAGUAUAUUGUAUACUAUUAAUGCAAGGUUUCAUUUUUCAUUUGCAGUGUCGCAUGCAAGUUGCUGGCUCAAAACAAUCCAACACAGUGACUUCUAUUUGUCUGAAAGGCUACUAAGUCCCCCCAAAAAUCUGUAAAUAUCUGGGUAAUUCUGAAAAUAGACUGCAGUUCCGAUUCUGAAAAUCUGCAAAACAUGCUAUUGCCUUAUUACAGUUGUUUGCAGGAAAUGUCAAUUGAAAAGGUGGAAAGUGAUUCUCACAGUUUUGUGAUGCCUAUGUAGGUAUGGGAGGAAAGUUGCUGUCUAUAUAUUGAUUAUUAUUAAUAUUAAUAUUAUGUCUUCUGAUUCAUGCAGGAGAACUUUUUUUUUCAUUUUUUAAAAAAUAAAUGUUGACAUGUA